AUGCUAACAGAAAGUUCUUUGCAGAAGAUCCCAAACAAUUUCAUUAGGAAAUAUGGUGGUGACAUGUCAAACCCAAUGUUUCUUAAGCCUCCAGAUGGCACUGAAUGGGAAGUAUUUUGGACUAAACAUGAUGGUGUUACUUGGCUUCAAAGGGGUUGGAUAGCAUUUGCCACAUAUUACUCCCUGGAUCAUGGUCAUUUGGUGUUGUUUGAAUACAAGCAAACUUGUAAUUUUGAGGUACACAUAUUUGACAAGAGUACCCUUGAAAUAGAUUAUCCUUUGCAUGUCCCUCAAGAUGCACAGGACAACCUUGACCAGAUGAGUGAUGAUGACUCGAUUAAAAUUUUGGAUGAGAUACCACCAUGCCAUAAGACUAGAGAAAAAUCACCAAUGUCUUCUCCUCAACCACGUAAAAAAUCAAGAACUGACACAAGUGGAGAUGUUAUGAGAAGAUCCACAGAGCAAAACUUGCCCCAGCAAGUCCAAACUGAAGGCACAAACUUUGAGAAGUCUAAAUUUGCAUCUGUAAAGAAAGAAUCGGAUGAAUCAGUUCAAAGAGAGGGAAUCAAUUGGCUAGAUUCUCAGAGAGUCGUGGAUGUGGAAAAUAAAACUGUUGUUACUAGAAAAGGUGAGAAGGCAACUCACUGCCCCUUCACAAACGAAGCACUGAAAGAAGCUAAUAAAUUUGCCUCAGAAAAUCCCUUUUUCACAUUCAAUAUUAAGGCGGGACUUAGACCGCAUGUACCAAGGGCCUUCAUCAGAGAGUACUUGAAUAACAAGAGACAGAUUGUGAAGUUACAAUUUGGAAAGAAAUUGUGGCCUGUAAAGUUGCUCUGCUAUCGACACAACUCUUCAGCUAUGUUUUCUAGUGGUUGGUCCCAAUUUGCAAGAGAAAGUGAAUUGUUAGGUGGAGAUGUUUGUGUCUUUGAGCUUAUCAACAGAGAAGAUGCAGUGAUUGAUGUUCAUAUUUUUAGAGGCCAAGGUUAG